UUAUAUAUAUAUAUAUAUAUAUGUUAUGAGUGAGUAUAUAGAUAGAUAUCUGUGACAAAGAAGAAGAAUAAGAGAUUGCAGAGUGAGAAUACAGAACCCUAGAAUUUCAAAUUCGAGGCAAACUAUGGAGGCGAAUGGUCCCAAGGAAGAAGAUAACCGGCGGCAGGUUAUUCCUGGACCGACCAAUCCGAUGGUGACGCCUCUGCUAUCAGAUCUCUAUCAGUUCAGUAUGGCUUAUGCUUACUGGAAAGCUGGCAAGAACAACGAACGAGCCGUGUUCGAUUUAUAUUUUCGGAAGAACCCUUUUGGCGGUGAAUAUACAAUUUUUGCUGGUCUUGAAGAGUGCAUAAGGUUCAUUGCUAAUUUUAAAUUUAAAGAGGAGGAGAUUGCUUUUAUCCAGGCAUCCUUGCCUAAAACAUGUGAGGAUGGCUUCUAUGAUUAUCUUCGAGGAAUUGAUUGUUCUGAUGUUGAAGUAUAUGCUGUUUCGGAGGGUUCUGUCGUUUUCCCGAAGGUACCUCUCAUGAGAGUUGAAGGGCCAAUUGCUGUGGUUCAACUGCUGGAAACUUCAUUUUUGAAUCUUAUAAAUUAUGCAUCACUAGUUACCACAAAUGCUGCAAGGCAUCGUUCUGUUGCUGGAAAGUCAAAAAUUCUACUUGAGUUUGGGCUUCGACGAGCGCAGGGGCCCGAUGGUGGAAUAGGGGCAUCAAAGUACAGUUAUCUUGGAGGAUUUGAUGCAACAAGCAAUGUUGAAGCUGGGAGGUUAUUUGGAAUACCAGUCCGUGGAACACAUUCCCAUGCAUUUGUUAGCUCAUUCAUGAGCCCUGAUGAGAUCAUGGAGAAAUCACUUCAAACUCGUGAUGGUUCAAGUACUUGUGAGGAUUUUGUUAGUCUGGUGCAGACAUGGUUAAGCAAAAUAAAGCGGUCACAUGUAUUACGCGGCAUUUUUGGUGAGACGAAUCAGAGCGAGUUAGCAGCUUUUACUUCAUAUGCCCUUGCAUUCCCCAACAAUUUUCUUGCUCUUGUAGACACAUACGACGUUAUGCGAAGUGGGAUUCCUAAUUUUUGUGCAGUUGCUCUAGCCCUCAAUGAUUUGGGGUAUAAAGCAAUAGGCAUUAGGUUAGAUUCUGGCGACCUCGCGUAUUUGUCUUGUGAGUCCCGAAAGUUCUUUCGCACUAUUGAGAAGGAAUUCAGAGUGCCAGAUUUUGGAAAGAUGGGUAUUACUGCAAGUAAUGACCUCAACGAGGAAACUUUAGAUGCUUUGAACAAACAGGGUCAUGAAGUUGAUUCAUUCGGAAUUGGAACGUAUCUGGUUACGUGUUAUGCUCAAGCAGCUUUAGGUUGUGUUUUCAAGCUUGUUGAAAUAAAUAAUCAGCCUCGUAUCAAACUUUCUGAAGAUGUUUCAAAGGUCUCUAUUCCAUGUAAAAAACGGUGUUACAGAUUGUAUGGGAAAGAAGGUUACCCACUUGUAGAUAUAAUGACUGGAGAAAAUGAGCCACCUCCAAAGGUGGCAGAACGGAUUCUGUGUCGCCACCCAUUUAAUGAAUCGAAGAGAGCAUAUGUGGUGCCACAGCGUGUUGAGGAGCUUCUGAAAUGUUUUUGGCCAGGGAGCCCAGAUAAACCACGAGAAGAACUACCACCGCUUAAAAUGAUUAGGAGCCGUUGUAGUAACCAGCUGGAACAAAUGCGACCUGACCACGUGAGGAGAUUGAAUCCAACACCUUACAAGGUUAGUGUAAGUGCAAAGUUGUACGACUUCAUUCAUUUCCUAUGGCUCAAUGAGGCACCUGUUGGGGAGUUGCAAUGAGGAGGGCGCAAUGGACAAUUUACAUUAUGGAAUCGUAUGGAAGUGAUGAUUUCACUGCAGUUGGGGGAGCUUCUUCAAGCAAAAUCAGGAUUUUAUACACAUUUCAAUUUAGAUUGAUAGAUAAACACUUGUGAUUUUCAAUAACUGUGAUUUGUUUCAUCUUGUUGUCUAGUAAACAAUAAUAGCAACAGUAAUGAUAUGAAUAAUAAAUUAUAACGUUUGCUUAAAAUA